AUGGAAUCGUGCAAAAUUUGUGGCCAAACCCGCUCGCCGGAGGACGUUUCCGCAGUACGUUGCAGUGGCCCUUGCGGCGGAACCGUCCACGCGCGCUGUGCGACCUUUUCCGGCGGCAUCACCCUAACCACCAGCGACGGUCUCUUCUGGUUCUGUGACCGGUGCCGGCGGGGGCUUCGUCCCGUUGCAAACACCACCCAACAACCGGAUCUGCCCGAGCUGCCGACGGAGAUAUGGAUCGAGGUUUUCCGCAAUCUGCCGGGUGGUAGACUGCCAAAAGUGCGGCUGGUUUGUCGCCGCUGGAGGGACAUCGUGGACGGCUGUUCGGCGUUGCUGUCCAAGAUUACGGUGGCGUUCUGUUCGCGUACUGCGUAUCAGAAGGUUAACCCGGACCGUCUGCUUCCGGUGACGAAAGCUUCGUUCAUUUCGAUCAAAAGAAUCGGCUCCUGGUGGCACUCGUUCGGACCAGGAUUAACCGAGAUCAAGAUCGAGCACUUCGAAAUGGAACGUUUUCAUCUGAUUGAACUGUCCGACCUGCUGGGCAUGCUCAGACAUACGCCGAACCUCCGACGAUUCGCGCUGAUUGGGUGCAUUUUGAACGGUAAACGAUCCGGCAGGCCAGAUUUUCGUCUGAAAAAGGUGGAAACGCUGAUUCUGGAGGACAUUCUCGAUCUCGCGAAAUACUUGAAGGUUUUCCGAAAGCUCUUCUCCAAAAGUCCGGUCAAGGCGCUAAAGAUCACGUGGUCCGACAGCGCAGGUUAUACGGCCGCUGCGGAGCCGGACGAUAUGCUGGAAGACUUUCAAACCACGCUGGAGGAGCUGACGGUCAACUGUUCGGACUCACUUCUGCUUCAAAUUAUUUACCUUGAUCUAACCGAGCUGAAAAAGCUUACGCUGAUCAGAGAAGGAGUUGUGGACAACAGUCUGCUGAUGGAUCUAUUCAAAAUUCAUCAGUCGCUGGAAUACGUCGAUAUUUCGAACAUGAUGGCAUUCAACGAGGAAAAUGCUCCGAUGCUCAUCAAAAUUGGUCAACUGCUUCCAAAGUUGCAGUUUCUCUCGAUUUUUGCAACCCACGUGGACAUUUCCUUCCUCUCCAAAACCCCAAAGCUUCAGACCUUUAAACUGUACGGCGUCGAACGCAGCUUCAAAUUGAUCCAAUCGAACUCCCUCCACGAGAAGCACAAAAACCUUAAACAACUCGAUUUGUCGGUGAUUAAAAUCCCCGCUACUCUUGCCCAGCAAUGGUUCACCACGCUACCAAAUCUUCGCAUCCUGAGCCUAACUGCGUGCAAGAUCGGGUGCUGGUCGGACUUCCUGGCCGCGUUACAGUCACUGGAGCUGCUGGAGAAGCUAUCGCUGGACAUGACUAAAGCCGGUGAAACCGGCCCGAGUCCCAGCCCCAACAAGCCCCUCACACGUUUGAGGUACCUCAAAUAUUCGAUGCACAAUGAAAUUUCCGACGAUGCGUUCGGUGCCCUGCUAGAGGUGUGUUCGUCCCUGCGGGAGCUCAAACUCGAGUACGUCUUGCGCGGCGAGGCAGUGCUGAGUGCCAUCUGCCGGAAUCUGCCCCUGCUGCGAAAGCUGACCAUGGUGGCGUGCGCGAAAUCGAACGUCAUGAAGAGCUACAUCCGGCAGCAUUGUCGCUCGCUGGAAGAGCUGGAAGUUGAGUAG